GUUUCAUGCGAAGCUGUAACCACUCCCAUAAAAUAAGCUGUAAGCUAUUACACACAAACCGUAUAGCUAAAACAGUAAUUUAUUUCCAAUGUUAGAGUUGGCAUUGACAGACAGACAGAUUCAGGAUGGCUACAACCUUAUUCAGAUACCAAAUAAUCAAUAAAAACCAGAAGCCACAAUUUAGUCCUCUGUAUAAUAAGUACAUUUUAACAACUACAGCUUUUUCAGGAAACUCGAAUGCAAAUUCAUUUGAUUCCUGGGAAAGCAUUGAAACAUAUAUUUCCCGUAUGUUGACGGCAUCUGGAAACACAAAAUGCGUAAGUACAGGCCAGCGGGUGCAUACCCACAUGAUUAAACACGGAUUUGAUAGCCAUGAAUAUCUGUCGACGGGACUUGAAAUCAUGUACGUCAAAAACCAGAAGUUAAUGGAUGCACGCAAAGUAUUUGAUAAAAUGCCUGAACGAAAUGUUGUCUCUUGGACUGGUAUGAUUACGGGAUAUGCACUGAAUGGUAGAAUGGAUAAUGCCUGCCAAUUGUUUGACGAAAUGCCUGAACGGAAUUCCGUCACUUGGAGUGCUAUGAUUGCGGGAUAUGCGCAGAAUGGACAGCGGAAAGAAGCCUUAAAAUUUUUUUGGAAGAUGAGGAAGGAGAACGUGGAGCCAAGGCAGUGGACGUUUGUAACGAUCGCGAGUGUUUGUGGGGAGAUUGGCGAUGUUGAGCAGGGAAGACAGGUACAUAAUUAUAUUAUUAAAACUGGAUUUUUGUCAUGUGUUGCAAUUGAGAAUGCUCUUAUUACAAUGUAUGCCAAAUGUGGAAGUGUAGAGAAUGCUCACGACGUGUUUGACAGAAUGCCUGAACGAAAUGUGGUGUCGUGGACUGCAAUGAUUGCAGGAUUUAAUCAGAACGGUAGAGUUGAGGAUGCGUGCAAACUUUUUGACAAAAUGCCUCAGAGAAAUGUGGUCUCCUGGAAUGCAAUGAUCAGUGGCUUUGCUAGGAAUGGGAAGCUGGAGGAGGCGCGCAGGCUAUUCUCUCAAAUGCCAAAUCCAAAUGCGGCUACAUGGAAUGCAAUAAUUGCAGGAUAUGCUCAACAUGGAUAUGGCGAGGAGGCACUUGAUUUGUUUUCUCGACUGCAACAAGAAGGCAAUAUCAAGCAAGAUUGUUAUACCUUUUCUAGUGUUCUUCAAGCAUGUGCCACUGCAGCAGCUAUUGAAAAAGGUAAACAGAUUCAUUCACACGUUAUCAGAUUGGGUUUUGAGUCUGAUUUAUACGUUGGAGGUGCCCUUGUUAACAUGUAUGCCAAAAGUGGAAGCAUAAUGGAUGCUCACCGGUUUUUCGAAAAAAUGCCACAACAGAAUGCAGUCUCAUGGAAUGUAAUGAUUGUUGGAUUUGCACAGAAUGGCCAUGGCUCAGAGGCACUUCGCCUUUUUGAACUGAUGCAGCAUGCAGGAAUAAAACCAGACGCAAUUACCUUUGUGGGUGUUUUAGUUGCUUGUAGUCAUACAGGUCUUGUGGAUAAAGGUAAGUUAUACUUUGAUUGUAUGAUACUAGAGCAUGACAUUAUACCAGGAGUGGAUCACUAUGCCUGCAUGGUUGACCUUCUUGGUCGUGCUGGCUUCCUUGAUGAAGCAGAAUGCUUCAUCAACAAUAUGCCAAUUGAACCUGAUGCUGUUAUUUGGAGAGCAUUGCUUGGUGCCUGUAGAAUUCACUCCAAUUUGAAACUAAGCAUACGUGUGGCAGAACGUCUUUUGGAUCUGGAACCAGAAUGUGCAUCAACUUAUGUACUUCUGGCAAACAGUUAUGCUGCAGCUGGUAGGUGGGAUGAUGUAAGGUUGGUUAGAAUAAUGAUGAGAGAUAGAGGGAUUAAGAAGGAUCCAGGAUGCAGCUGGAUUGAGUUCCAGAACAAGGUUCACAGAUUUGUAGUAGAUGACUCAUCACAUCCACAAACACAUGCUAUCUAUAAACUAUUGGAGGCAUUGACAGAGAAAAUCAAGGAAGAAGGGUAUGUACCCGAGACAAACUUUGUGCUUCAUGACAUUGAAGGAGAGCAGAAGGAACACAUGCUCUGCUAUCAUAGUGAGAAGCUGGCUAUUGCUUUUGGAAUUAGCAAUAUUCCCCCUGGUGCCACCAUUCGAGUUAUCAAAAAUCUCCGUAUGUGUGGUGACUGCCACACUGCAACAAAAUUCAUUUCGAAGACUGUUGGUCGAGAAAUUGUUGUAAGAGAUGCUAGUCGCUUCCACCAUUUCAUGAAUGGGUUUUGUUCUUGCAAGGACUAUUGGUAAUUUUGGGUUUAAUCCAGUGAUAGGAAAAAGCUCAUCGAGUUUUUUUGUCACCUUCAUCUUUGCAAGCCUUUUCUGUUUGUGGUAACGUGUUGUUUGGGUAUCAGUGCUUCUAAAUGUUAUGGCUGCAAUUCGAAUUGUAAUUACAUCGCAAGCACGAGAAUGGGGUCGGGCAAGUAAUCCUGGCUUCCGUCUUUAGGACAUGGAUUCAAGUGCUUGCAGCUUGGAUGAAAAGGUAAAAAAGUUUAAUUAGUUGGUGUUUUGUUUUGACGGUGUCACAAGUUAUGUGAUGGUUUGGUUAGAUAAGCACGGGAAAGGGCCCGGACCCGCUACAAAUCUGCCUUAAGGCAAACAGAGUGAAUCUCACCAGGAGUGAGGCUAGUCAAAAAUUAAAACAGAUUCUAUAGAGCAGAACAGACAGGAAAACCCAGUAAGGGACCAACCUACUGAUUACUAUUACUAAGAAAAUUCAGGCCUUUCACCGCCUGCCAUUCCUUCUGCACCAAGUGCAGCUGCUCCUCAAAAUAGAGACACACUUAGGGCCCGAAUCUAAGUUAUGUGAUGUUUUAUCACAAUAAUGGGACUCAUUUCAUGUGUAAUGAGUAACAGAAGGAGAAUCAUUUUCAUAAAAGCCAUAUAUGCCACCUCUUUUGGCCUGGGUGCAAGAACGCUAAUAAGACCUGCCAGCACAACAGCCCAGCAAGGACAUGAAGCCGGCGAGCUGCCAGCACAACGAGGACCUUCACAAACUAUUUUUUGCCUUAACCGUAUUAACUGCUGAAUUUGAUUAACAUUCUUUUCAAUUAUACAUCAUAAUUCUGCAUGCCACGUUACCAUACAACUUUUAUGGUCCCUGGUCUUGCAUUUACAUUGCCACCAAAUUGGAAAGUUUUGGUCAUAAAAUUAUGGCAAUUGCAAUCCUGCACAAGUCCUAUAUCUUGAAUAAAUGACCAAGAUCAUUAUGAUUUCGUUUAUCUGUGAGCUUUGUAAAUGGAAGCUUUAUAUGUAUUAACAGUAUUAUCUCUUAUAA